AUGGCUGAAAAUAAAAGUAAAUCGGACUUAAAAUACAUAUUACAAUGGACAUCUCCCAAAAAUGUACCAUUUGUGUAUAUGGGAGUGGGACAACAAGGUUUUAUUACAAGGAACUGUACGUACAUUAAUUGUUUUGUUACUGCCGAUCAGUCACAUCUUAGUGAUCUUACUAAGUUCGAUGCUAUCGUUUUCGCUGGACCAGAAGCGAGAUUUUUACACGUAAAUCGAGAUUUACCAAACAAACGAGCGCUACAUCAGAAAUAUGUUUAUACUAGCAUUGAAUCAGCAGAUAAUUAUCCUGUAUGUUCCUAUUAUUAUGAUGGAUUUUAUAACUGGACCUGGACUUACAGACUUGAUUCUGACUCAAUGUGGGGCUACAUGGCAAUACGGGAUUCAGAGAAAAAAGUUAUAGGCCCCAAGAGAGUUAUGCAUUGGAUGAAACUAGAAGAUAUGGAACCAGUCAGUGAAGAAAUUAAGAAAAAGUUAAAUAAUAAGAAGAAAGCAGUCGCUUGGUUUGUUUCAAACUGUGAUACGAGGAGCGGUAGAGAAAUUUUUGCGCAUUAUUUAAAUAUGUCUUUGAAAAAAUAUAACUUGACGAUAGAUAUUUAUGGAGAGUGCAGUUUGAAGACUUGCCAUAAGGAAAAGGAUAAUUGCAAUAAAAUGAUCGAGGAUAAAUAUUAUUUUUAUCUGUCUUUCGAAAAUUCUUUUGCUGAAGACUACGUUACGGAAAAAGUACUGCAUGGCUUAAAGAACUAUGCCAUUCCUAUUGUGUAUGGUGGAGCGAAUUAUACAAGGUUUAUGCCAGACGGCAUUUACUUAAAUGCCAGGGAGCUUGGUCCAGCAAAAUUAGCCAGGAAGAUCAAUGAGUUGAUAAAAAAUCCAGAUUUGUAUGCAGAAUAUUUUAAAUGGCAAAACCAUUAUUCAUAUCAUUAUAGAUUUGAGAGUAUUGAAACAGAUGACUACUGCGCUUUUUGUGCUUUGUUAAACAAUGAAAAUGCAGUAAAAAGAACAACUAUUUAUAAUAAUUUUAGACAUUGGUGGGAUCCGCCAAAUCGUUGCAUU